AUGAUGUUGUCCCAGCAGCAGCAUCACCACCAUCACCACAACAUGCUGUCACCAAUGUUCAACUUUUUGGACGUGCCGUGCAGCAGCAGUCCACCUCUAGCUGCUCUGCACACCAUGACCGAGAUGAAGAACGGGUGCACGGCGGGCAACCCACAUGGCAUCGAGCAGAUACUGUCACGGCCACCGACCACCGGAGCAGCGGCCGCCAUCAGCCACCAGCAGCGGGCGUUCAACAGCGUGGCCGGCAUCGCGGCCGCGGGGAUGGCCGCGGCAGCGUCAUACUUCCACAACGGUGGCGUCAAGCACCCGGCCACCACGCUGGCCGACCUCACCACCAGGAACCUGUACUGGCCGGGCUUCCAAGGUCUGGUCAAUAACCCGAUCGCCUGGAGGGACAGGCUGGCUAGUCUGAAUAAUUCGAAUCAAGAGAAGGACGGCAAGAAGAAGCACACGAGGCCCACGUUCAGUGGGCAACAGAUCUUCGCGCUCGAGAAGACUUUUGAGCAGACCAAGUACCUGGCGGGUCCGGAACGGGCGAAACUGGCGUACGCACUAGGCAUGACCGAAUCUCAAGUGAAGGUGUGGUUCCAGAACCGGAGGACCAAGUGGCGGAAAAAGCACGCUGCCGAGAUGGCCACAGCCAAGAGGAAGCAAGAAGAGGCGGCCGACGAGAGCGACGAAGACGAAGACAUGCGUGACGACAGUGCGGCCAAACGGCUCAAAAGGGAAUUGGCCGCUCACUACGGAGGAGGUGGAGGCGGCGGUGGUGGAGGUGGCGGUGGCAUCGGUGGAAGUAUAUAG